CUACGCCGCCUCAUUCGAAUUUUCGUUCGUCAAAGAUGAUUGUUAAAGAGUAUCGUGUAAUUUUACCUAUGACAGUUGAAGAAUAUCAAGUUGGUCAACUGUAUUCCGUUGCUGAAGCUUCCAAAGGAGAGACAGGUGGUGGUGAUGGCGUGCAAAUAUUGGUCAACGAGCCGUUCGAUCAAACAACGUAUAAGCCUGAUCGCCCUUUAUUAAAAGGAGACCCAAGGUUCAGCACUGGGCAAUACACCCAUAAAUACUACCAUCUUGCGCACAAGGUACCAGGGUUUGUUCGUGUUAUCGCUCCUGAAAGUGCAUUCGUUUUCAACGAAUAUGCGUGGAAUGCUUAUCCCUACUGUCGAACUGUUAUCACAAAUAAUUACAUGAUGGAGAAGUUUAGUGUAACAAUUGAAUCUCUUCACGUGGACUCCUUAGUAAAUAUAGAAAAUUGGGUUGUCCAACCCGAAACGAUAUUCUAUAACUUCUAUUUUCCUAUGAUCGACUCAUCAUACCCCAGUGUGUAAUGAAAACUGAUUGACAGUUUCAAACAAUAUUUCCCUUCCCACACACUUGUGUUUGCUGGGCUGUUUUCCCUUUCUACUACGGACAUUUAAGUUUGGCAAUACUUGAAUCUUCACUUUAAUGCUCAACCAUUAUUAUUGAUAAAAGCUGUUGAGCCAAUUUUCCCCUUAAUGUCAGAAUCAAUGAUAAAAAAACCUUUCAGGUCUUGAAUUUCGGCGCGAGAUUCAUCCAUCCAUAUAUUUAAAUAGCAUUUUGGCAUUAUAGCUGAUAUCAGUUCGUCAUGGAAUUCUCUAAUUCAAUUUUUAACCUUAAAUUCUACCUCUAAAUCCUAAUUACUCAUACCAAUUCAUAACUCUCGCUUGAUACUGGUAAAUAGGCUCAUCAGUUAAGUCCGGAAAAAUGGGCGGAAGUUGAAGUGAUCUACAUAGAUAUUGGUGAUAUUUCUCAGGCAGACAAAGAUUAUAACCCUAAUGAAGAUCCUACAACUUUUCGCUCUGAAAAGACUGGUCGUGGGCCCUUAAAACCGAAAUGGUGGGAGAAUGGUUACAAAGGACCGAUUAUGUGUGCAUACAAACUUGUUUCAUGUGAAUUCAAAAUGUGGGGAAUGCAAGGACGUAUAGAGAAAAUGAUUCAACGGCAAGAACGACGCCUGUUUGCUAACUUUCAUCGCCAAGUAUUCUGUUGGAUGGAUAAAUGGCACGGUUGGACAAUGGAAGAUGUGAGAAUACAUGAAGAGCAAACUAAAAAGGAAUUGGAAGAAGUACGUUUUUAAUUAUCUUUUACAGUUCUUAUAAUUUGAAACAUUUUGAUUUGUUUGAUGCCAGCUGAGGUAAUGCUGUGUUCUGAAAGUCUUAAGAUACAUCAGUCUCACUCAUCUUAAAAUCCCCCCCCCUAUUUUUGCUUAUCUAGUUCCCCUGUCUCCAUUUCAGUCAGUUAAAAUAUCACUAGGAUUCUUCAAAAUUCAGUCUGUUUACCUGAUUUGCCAUCACUUAGUAUUUUGUUGUCUACACAUCCUUCUGGUGCUGCCCCCCUCAAUACUGAUUUGUAUUUUGAGAAUAAAAAGAAAUAAAAGGGUACUAAUUGAAUCGCAGGCGAAAAACUCAUGGGUUGUUAUUACUAAGUGUAGGCACGUUGUGGUUAAUACCGAAGUUAUCUUCACAGAAUCUGCGUUAGAUGAUUCCUGCUAGUCAUUUGGAUUCCUGUAUCUUAUUCCAGUUUGCAUUCACGGUUAAGACAUAUUUGCAAUGUUGAGGGAACUGAUGCUGUCUUUUGGAUGUGAUCCUGUGUGACAUAGCUUCACAGUCUAAAACGUUACAGGUAAGCUGUGAUGAGCCUCCUGUGUGACUGAAGUACUUACGAAUGGUUGAUCAAUGAAUAAUGGUCAAUGUCAUGCUUCUGUGAUUGUUCACCGUUGAUCGAAUUCUAUCUGUCAAGUUGUAAUGUGGUUGCUAGUCUAAAUGAAUUGACGUCUCAGUUAGUUGUUAUUACGUUUGUCACGAUUCUAGAUUUUCGAUUGAUGCACAGUGAUUGUAACUCAUCAAUGUGUAAAUCCUUAAGAUGUUGGUUUUGAUUUGAUUUCAUCGCAAGUCGAAAUCCGGGCCUUGUUGUGGUUUAUACCUGAAAAAAUUUAUGAAUAUCAUUAUAAUUGUUUUGUUUUUUGUUUUUUUCAUCCUUUUUUCACAUCAAGCAACGUAUACAAGGCAGCUUACGAGGUCAUGUCACCGAAGAGUAAUAGCCAAUCUAUUUUGUAUAAUAAUAGCAAUCAUGAUUAUUAUACUCUGAACUGUCUGCUUGUCUCUUUAUUACCAUUUUCUGAUUGUCUAACCUUUACCUUCGACACUUCUUAUAGUACAAUUCAGUUCAUGUUGAGUUAAUUCUUCACAUCUCUAUUCUUUAUAUAUUCUUUGUGAAUUCAAAGGUCUCUUCUUCAUUUCCUAGUUGAUUUUGAUGUAUUUUGCCAGUUUUAUUCAUAUAUAUAUAUAUGCCAAUGUUUGGGAUUCUCUUCUUGUUAAGUGUAAUCUUCUAAAGGAAAUUGUAUUCCAUAAAAUUUGUGUAUGUAUGCAAGUGAAUACGUCUACUUGUCCUCCUCCUGGUGUACUAUUAUCAACUAUAUUAAACACAAUAACAUGAUUUGUACUUAUCAAAUUUUCUAUUUUAUUAAUACAAAUAUGUUUUCCCAUUAUCUGAAUAAAUAUUAUUCAUAUACAUUAUGUUACUAAAUUUACUGUACAACAUUAUCAGUAGUAGAGUAAUAGUAGUAUUGGCAAUAAUGUUUAAAAAAAUCAUAAUACUCAGUUGUCAAGCCUUAAACUUGACAAAAUGAAUUUCAGUUCAACGAACUAAACCAACUAAUCAGUCAAUACCAUACUACUACUACUACUCUGGAUAUUUGUUGAUCAUAACUGGUUAAUCUCUAUUUACUACUGAAAUCACAUUUUAAAAAAUAGAGAAAAAAAAGAAUGGAAUUUGUAUUUCUUUCCUUAAACUUAAUUCGUUGGCGAUUCAUUUAGUUUUCUUUCUUUUUUUAAUCUUUGUAAUAUUUACUUAACUGUGAUUUUUCGCUCGUCUUGUUUUUCUUUUCUCCACCAACCGUUUGUACCCAUUAUUAUUAUUAUUGGAAGUAGUAUUAUCUUACUGUACAAGUUCCUCUUCAUAUACGGAUAUACAUAUAUGUCUAUUACACCGUCUUCAGCAUAACGGAAAGGUAACCCCGCUUUCAUAUGUUGAGCAUAUACACAUAGAUAUGUAUGUUAUUCUCGGUGUACACUUGCAUGCAUUACUAUAUUUUGACAACCUCGUAUUAUUAUCAAUUAUAUUUCCUGAUCAGGUUCAAUACAUAUUUGUUUCUAAUGAAUAAAUUUUUCAAUCCAUCAUUUGUGAUGAUGAUGAUGAAUUGGCAACAGCAACAGAAACAAAAUAACAAAAAAAUGGUCUGUUCGUUUGUUUGUUUGCUUCCUUUUCUGUGUAAAAGCAAACAAACAAUCUCCAACAGAUUUUCUUUUGUUAAAAUGUAUAUUUAAAAUGAAAUUAUAAAUAUUAUCUACAAAUUAUUUACAUAACCUAGAUUGAAAGAAAAGGGGGGGAAGAGAGAACAAUUGUGUGUGUAUUCAUUAAGGAUCAGGAAUAAUGAUUAAUGAUCGUAUUCAAUCUAUAAAGAUCUUAUUAUUAAUAAGAUUAUAUAGAUUUAUAUAUAUAUAUAUAUACCUAUGUAUUCCUCAACUACCUCUCUGUUUAUUCCUUGUUAACAUUCCUUUCUCGUUUCUUUUUUUUUUGGUUUUUCGUUAUUGUUAUUGUUGUGAACUUCUUUGGAGAAAUUUUUUUUAAAGAAACAUAGCAACACCCUUCUAUAAUACUAAUGAUGAUAAUUAAAAGAAAAAAACAAUAAUAAUAAACAAAAUUCUAUUUAUCAUUGCAUAUUUUGUAGUUAGAUACUUAAAGGUAAUCAACAUAGAAGGUUGUAUAUAUAUUAACUUAAGUUUCAUAAUAGUUAGCGCCUCUCUACAAUAAGAUAUACUUGUAAUCAUGUCAGAUUUGAAUUGUGUAAGAUUUCAGUAUUUAUGUGUUAUGUUUGUCUAUUUCUCUAUUUAAUGAUAAUCAAACUCCAUUGAUGAUCAUAAGUGGUAUUCUAUAUUAACUUGGAUAAAUUUUCUUUCUAUUUAAAACUGUCCUGUUGUUGGUGUAGUGAAAUUCUCUAUCUUUGCAUACAUUUCAUAUAGUGAUUAUUUUGUAAGUUAUGUAUAGAUUAUCAGAAAUAAUUUAGAAGGAGGUCACUUAGAAAAAACGUUACUUUACUUUCUUAUGCCUGUUAAUCUUCAUCAAGGAGCAUAGGUCACCAACCAACACUUUUCAUCCAACCCUGUCCUGGGCCUAUGCCUUCGGUCUCACGCUAACAAUUAGUCAUUAGGCCACUGAGCCGACAUCCAACAGUAUUAAUCUACAAUUUCAACCAAUUUACUCCGCGACCAUCUAAAUUUGUCUUCGGUCAUUAACUGACUCACACCCGACACGAUUAAACUCCAUUAGUCACAGCUCCUCAAUAUUACUUCGAGAAUUACCUCUUAAAGCUAGUCAUUAGUGACCACAUGGUUACUAUCAGCAUAAUUUACUUUUAUUUUUAUCCCUGAUAAGUUAUACUGACAGUAAAUAAUUAGUUUCAUAGUCAAUUAGUUGAUGAAUUUAUCUUCCGUGAGGUAGUAAAGUUAUUUCAGGUCAAUUUGUGUUUCAGAGAUGACUGAAGGAAGGAGCGUUCACUGCACUUAUUGUACUUAUGGUAUGAACUACAAACAGUUUAGUCUGUUCAACAAAAAAACUUUGUUACAUUCCUGUAGAAGUAAACAUUUGAAAAUGCAUUCAUAUUAAUUUAGUUGAAUUCAUGUGUCGACCCAAGCUAGACCAUCAUUGAAAACGUGGAAGUAUUAGAUGGAAGUUUCGUUUUAGUCCGGGACUACUCAGAAGUGUACAUCCACGAUCUCACCGAAGGAAUUCGGACCCACGACCUUCGGUCAAACGCGCGAAUGCCUAAGCUCUAGACCACUGAGCCGACUGGCAUCCAACUUUGAUUAAUCCGUAAUUUGCUCAAUCUUUCAUUCAUCGUCUGAGGUAGAUACCUGGCUCUACCCAACAAGGAUAAGACAAUUUUUUUUAAUUCUGUAUACAAAAUGUAAUUGGUAAGUACGACUUAAAGUAAUAUUUGACUAGUAAUCUAAGUAAUCCAAUCCAUUCGGUAAAAGUUUCUGGCAUAUAUGUAACGACCGAAAUGCCAAUACUCGCUUUGAACGCAGAACUAACAAACCAAAAUUUAUUUGAUUAGACCAGACUACGUUCUUCUGUACAGCGUACAAAGCGUUUAUGAGUUACUCGUAUUAAAUUAUAUCAAAACACACACUCUGUGCUCAAUUUCAAUGGUUCUAAUCUAAGAAAGUGAACAAAUAUCAAAAAUACCUCAAAUAGUACAACCUUUGUUAUACAGUCAAGGGUUUCUCUAACGCAAAUCAGCAUGCUGAGAAUCGAUAAAAAUAUUUCCAACACGAUAUCUAUCUGCAGGGAUCCCAUCAAUCUUUUCAAAAAGAUAAUCAAAGUGUAACAAUCACAUACUGGACCCCACUGUGAUCUUGAGCUUGUAGCGUGACGUCGAGUCCCAGUUGACUAUGAACACCACUACAAAGAAACACGUGCCAAAUAAAUCAGAAGGCGAAUGCGGAGUAGAACCAAGUUUAUUUCGCUGGCGAUCUCGUGGUAUCGAGCGAAUACCGAGGUCGCGCCAAGAAAAGGCACAAGCGGAGUGGGCAGGAAAAAGUACGUGCGAAGAAGGUCACGAACCGCACAACAGUAAUGGAGUGUAAUGAAAGCACAAAAUGUCUGUCAUUAGCAUAGUUAAACAAAAGCACAUUAAAACAAGCACAGGUACAAUUGGUUAUAAUAAUAAUAAUUGUUUUCAUUAAACCAAUCGCGUUCUGAUAAAAGUAAGUCACUACAAGCUUAAUCAAACAUGACCUUAUUUUCAAGUAACAAAAUGUAAGUAAUUAAUCAGUCACAUAAUAAAAGCUUAAACAAGAAGGAUUGAAGAACACAAAGUGUAGUUAAAAGAGAUCUGAAUAAAGAUUAAAGUACAUGACAAGGAGAAGAAACAAAUAAAUGACAGUACUGUCCAAUGAAAUGUUGUGCAAGGAUUUUCAACGUUUUCUCUCCAUUACAAUUUACAUCGUUAAAAAUGUAACAACUUAAAACACAAUAAAACUGCGUACUGUUUUUUCUCAUCGAUCUAUAUUGAAAUAUUAACCUAGAACUAAUCAUUUCAUCAAAAAACCUGGUUGAAAAUUAAAGAAUUAAUAUAAAAAAUAGUGGGCGGCAAAACAACGUAGUAUCAGUGCUUGAAGUCACUAACUUCUAGUCUGAGCAAUAUUUGUAGAUGCAGACUACUUGGUUGUGGUCCACGUGACUAUCGUAACCAAUAGUUGGAGACUCUAUGUGAUAUAGCUCAAGAUCGACCACAAUGGCGUAAAUGCAUACACUCUCUGUCUUCCCUUAAACUAAGAGAUUAAAAUCGCUUGAUAUCUUUCUUUCUACCAACUAAUUCUUUCUUCUUGUAUUAU